ACAUGUUUUAUAAUUUCUCACACAGUGUGUUUAAAAGCACGGAUUACUUUUAUUAAUACCAGAAGACCCUUAUAGAAUUCACAUUUUGUGGAAGAUUCCACUGAUCCUUCUAUGAUUUUUUUCUUUUGCGUCAUCUAUGGCAUAAAUCUGCUUCUUCUAAGGGUGUGUAUAUUCGUGCAUUGAUUCCUGGGAGUACUGGAUAUUAACAGUAUACAACUAGAUUUCAGAUUGGUUUGUUUCGGUUGUUCCCUUCUCAGGAUUCUUUGCCUAUCUUGGAUAUUUCGUCAAGAUCACUUGGUUUGCAUACAUUUGUUGAGUUUAGGGUCUCUGUAGAAGCAUUGUCUGUGUUGUUUGUUUGCCGUAAUUUUUUUCAGGAUUCACCAUGCUUUCUGCAAGUGUGUUUCACCCUGUUGAGGGGAUUGGGCAUCGUCCUGGUUGUGUUCCUUUGAUGAAUGAUUUUCCUGAAAUGUGUUAUAUGCCUCAAUUUCACGAUAUGGGUGCUUCAACAAAUUCUUAUACUGAUUUUAAUGGUGGUCCUAUGGAUACUGAGGCUGUUUUGUGGGAUAGACGGGUAUGGGACCAGGGUCAAUAUCCAGGACCUUCUGACUUAUAUAAUAGUUAUGAUACCCAGAUAGGAUUCGUCAACACUGACCGGAUUGUUCCUGUGGAGAUGUUGGCUGAAUACGCUCAGUAUCAUGAGCGUGUAUCUGCACAGCAGCAAAAGGCUUUGGAGAUUCAACAUCAGCUUCAGCAGAUGCAUGCUCAGUAUACUCAAUACCAAGCCUUUUUGACUAAUUUUCACUUACCUCAUAUUAUGGAGAUGGAGCUAAAGGGCAAGUAUGGCUUAGGUGACCAGGGUUCACGCGGGGUUAUGGGCAACGUCUUUGGUGGCAACUCCUCUCCAACUACUCAUUUCCACACCAUGGGACAAAUGUCUGAGACACUUCGGGAGCUACCGUACACUUUUUUCGCUGAUGACAACACUGCACCUUGUUCUCCGGACCGCCAUUCAUCAUCCAUAAGUUCUGAGACUACUCCCAAUAACAUGGACGUCCUCAAUGGCAUUUCGGGAUAUAGGGCUUUCCCUCAAAAACACAACCAUGGUUACAACAGUACUUUAGAUUCUGUUGACAUGGUUACAAAGCCUGUGGUAUCACUGUGUUCCAUGGCUAGUGUGAGCACUGUUGACUUGAUGAACGACGAGGGGUAUCGCUCCAUGGGCAAUGGACUAGCUACAGACGAUAGUGACAAUACGUUUGACUUCACUCGCAAGCGUACGUUAUCUAUUGACGAUCCUGUGGAUUCAGCACUGAUCAUUGGCAGCGAUGAGAAACGUCAGAAGCCCACGGGUCCUAGUGAUGUGAGCUUGGUACCAGAUUCCUACCGUGUUAAGUACAUAUCCAAUGGUAACAGAGCGGUUAAAACCCCUGCUUUUAGGCGCAGUGGCGCUAAUGACUAUCCAGUAAAAAUGCCAUCUAGUGAGCCACAUUAUAGUCGCAUUCCAUUUUCUGGUCCUAAUGCCUUUAUGACUGAGCCCAUAAUAGAUGGUCAGAUUAACCAUGAUUACUACCGUCGAGAUUUUUACUCCAGGAUGUCGCAGCAUGGCUUGGACCAUUUAUUCCCAGAGCACAAUAUAUCUUGCAACCCUGUUAGGAUGGGUUGUGAACCGCUGUUCAAUAAUGUAAAUGGUAUAUCUUGUAGCGCUGGUGCUACUCAUGACCACAAGGAGGUUAGGAGUACUAACCUGGAUAACAUUAGCAUAACUCCACGGAGGAACAUUGACGAUGACCUAGUCAAUGGCAAUCUACGUUAUCCUGGUGACAGUAAUGAUGAACAUGACCUCACUAGUGAGAUCUCUCCUUUUGGUCAUGACCAUACCGAUCUUUGCGACACUCAAGAUCAGGAUAGCCUUAGUCCAAAAGAGCGCAAGUCGCAUCGUCUGGCUGCCAAGAAAUUAUCAUCCAAUGUUUUCAAGGUUCGCAAGAAGAUUGCUAGAUCUUCCGAGGUGAUUCGUGAGCACCGUGAGAUUGCUCAGCGUCUGAAGUCACUGGAGGUGGGUGGCAUCAUGGUAAUUAAGAAGCGUCGGAGUCACCGGGACUCCCAAAUAGAGAUUAAGAAGUCCACUGAUUUUUAUGACUAUCUUUUGGACAUUCCUGUAACUGCUGAGCCCGAUCCGGAGUUGGGUGUUCAGCAGUACAAGUGUUUAGUCCCUGGUGUCUACUGGGACAAGCGUUCUUGGAUUGCCUCAUGGUAUGAAAACGGUAUUCGUUGUUACAGCAGUUUUUCUGCGAAAAUGCACGGGUUUUACAAGGCAAAGUACUUUGCGAUUCACGUUCGCAUCUUUAAGACCAAAAACGCAGAUUUUUAUGACCCAGAGGCUGAGACGGAGCGAUACCAUAUUUUAAGUCAAUUAGGCGUUAAGAAAUGUUAGUGUGGCGCCUAGUGGGACAUUGGCAUUCCCGAUGCCCAUCUAUGCGUUUCAUACAUCCCAUCAAAAUUUGGAUGGACGAAUCAAUGAAGUGAAUCUUUACGUCAUCCGCUGAAACAGAGUGGAUAUAUUUGCUAUACACAAAAAAUGCGAGUUUUCAAGAUUGCUAGUUGCAUUCCGCCUGGCUCCUCAUUCUCACUUGUACCCCUGGUUCCAGAAAGCCUAUGUGGGAUACAAUCGUGGUACCACUUUCCUUACUACGUUACGUCCUGGAAUGGUACUUGGAACAUAUAAGUUAGGCGAUUGCUAACAUCUAGCAUUGCCAUGGCUGCUUAGGGUGGAUUUUGCACUUUGGGUUUCGUGACAUUA